AUUGCUCACCUAUCCACCCUUUAUGUUUCAUGCAUUAUGCAUUGUAAAACAACAUUCCUCUUCUCGUACCUCAACAAAAAUAUAUUUUCUUCAAAUAAACAUGGUUGAUUGUUAUAUCAUUGCAUUGUUUAUGCAUUUUGGAGUAUUGGUAGUCUUCGGCAAACCACAAGUCCCAUGUUACUACAUAUUUGGAGAUUCAUUGGUCGAUAGCGGCAAUAACAAUGAACUUGUGACUGAAGCUAAAGCCAAUUACCUACCUUACGGCAUUGAUUUCCCACAGGGUGUUACGGGCAGAUUCACCAACGGUCGAACCAUGGCAGACCAAAUAGGUGAACUUCUAGAUCUCGAUGAGUUUAUUCCAACAUAUUCCUCUGCAACCGAUGCACAGAUAAGUAAAGGUGUUAACUAUGCUAGUGGUGGAGCUGGCAUUCUAUGCGAAACUGGAAGUCAUCUGGGCGAUCGAAUAAGUUUAGAGAGGCAAUUAAAUAAUCACAAUGAAAUAGUUUUACGACUAUUUCGCUUACAAGAAAACACGAAUGAAUACCUUCGCAAGUGCCUUUAUCUAUUCAAUAUCGGAAGCAACGAUUACAUCAACAACUACUUAAGGUCGACUCUUUACAACUCGAGCCAUAAAUACACACCAGAUCAGUUUGCAUCAUUCCUUGUACAACAAUACUCUCAACAUCUAAAGAGAUUGUACACAUUGGGAGGUCGGAAGAUUGUUGUGUUUGGUCUUGCUCCAAUAGGGUGCACCCCAGCUGUGAUAAAUAUUUUUGGCACUAAAGGAAAGCUAUGUGUUGAGUCAAUAAAUGACUUGGUUAAACAAUUUAAUGACAAACUUAAGCCUCUUGUCGAUGGGAUAAACUAUGAUACAGUAGAUGCAAAGUUCACAUUUAUCAAUGUUACACACAUUUCAUCAUUACAACAUGCUUUGCCAGGGCCAAAGCUUCCUUGUUGUGAAGUGAUGGUAGAUGGACAAUGUGCUCACACUGCAACCACUUGCCCUUUUCGUGCGUUGGCUAUUUAUUAUGAUGGUAUACAUCCUACAGAAAUGGCCCACAAUGUCAUUGCAACGUCUUCGUAUAUUGCGCUUUCACCGAUGGAUGCUUCCCCAUACGAUAUUAGUAACUUGGUUCGACUUUAACAUCUAGAACGAUUACGCAAAAUUUUGGUGCUUUAUUAGCACAAUAGCAAACAAGUAAGAAUGAUUAAGUGAACAAAUUGUUCCUACAUUUUCUAAGAUACAAAAGAUGUUGUACUCGACAAGAAUUUGUGAAACGGAUAAAUUGCUAAAAAU